AUGGCUGCCGAGGGAGUGACGACUGCAGUAAAUGAGUCAAUCAAGGAGGCGGUGCUGGCAGCAGUGAGAGAGGAGCUGGCUGCACACAAGGAGGAGGUGAAAGAGUUGCAGCACAUGCUGACAGCAGUCAAUGGGGAGUUGGCAGUGGUGAAAGAAGAGUUGGCAGUGGUUAAGGGGGACUUGGCAAAACACAAGGAGCAAUGGGCUGAGAGUAAUAAGCCAUUGGAUGUAAGCGGGGUGCGAGGUAAUAGUAGGAAGAGAACGCAGGAUAUGAUGUCGGGGUUUGCACGGGAAGAGGAGGGGACGGAGGUGCAGGAGUUGACUAGGCCGCGUGCCACUGAGUGUUUGGCAGCCGGUACGGACCGGCAGGUUACACAAGGUCUGAAGCAGAACGUUGACCUGAAGAUUCGCCAGAGUGAAAGCGAUCAAAAGACUGCAUGGCGGGCAAUUAAAUAUGAAUCACAGGAGAAGAAGAACCUUUUGGAACUCCAGGGUCUCCAUGGCCUCUCAGACGACAUCCUCGCCCAUGUGUCCACGAUGACUCAUCUGAAGAACCUUGACUUGGGGUCUAGCUCAGGCUUCAGUGCAGAGGGCAUCAAGCACCUCUACAGGCUGCCACGGCUGGAGUGUUUAAACCUUCAUUGCACAGACGUCUCAGACAGUGCCUUGGAGGGCAUCGGGUCCUUGACCAGCCUCACGGACCUCUAUCUCAGGAAAACUAAGGUGACCGAUGCGGGUCUUGCGCACUUGACAGGCCUCUCCACUCUCAGACUGCUAUACCUAUCGCAAAACAAGGGUGUGACAAAUGCUGGCAUGGUGCAUGUGGGGAAGUUGACAGAGCUUGAGGAGCUUUCUUUGGAUAAAACCUCAGUCACGGAUGAUGGGCUGCGGAAGCUGACUGCCCUGACCAAGCUGUACAUUCUCGGUACUCCAGACGGUGUUGACCUUGACGGCGAAGCAGUACGCCUGCGGAUAGGGAUUUAG